GGGCCAGUCCAACUGGGCCUCAACACAACCCGAUCCAUAAGAGAUAUCUAGGGUUUCCUCUACUAACGCCCUUUCAUUGAGAACCGAAGAACACAUACAUUCACCGAAGAUGACUAAGAGGACCAAGAAGGCCGGAAUUGUCGGGAAAUAUGGUACCCGUUAUGGUGCCAGUCUGCGAAAGCAGAUUAAGAAAAUGGAGGUUAGCCAGCAUAGCAAGUACUUCUGCGAGUUUUGUGGAAAGUACGCCGUGAAGAGAAAAGCUGUGGGUAUUUGGGGCUGUAAAGAUUGCGGCAAAGUCAAAGCAGGCGGUGCUUAUACGUUGAACACUGCAAGUGCUGUGACAGUUAGGAGCACAAUCCGAAGACUGAGGGAGCAAACCGAGAGUUAGAGUAAUCAUCAAUCGACCUUUUUGCUUAUCUGCUUAUGAUGUGUCUACGGAAUUUUGAGAUAGAAUAUGUUUUUCAAUUUUAAGACCAUUUUGAUGUU